ACCAAGGCACCCUCUGUAAAGUCUUAAAGAAGAAUAAAGCCGAAGAGCAACGAUUGAUCGAUCGAUCGAUCAAACGAAAGACGAAAACAAUGAGGAGAUUCUUCUCCAGAGGCUCUGACGAAUCACCUCCCCAUACCUCUCCUGAACCCUCCAGUCCGAUUUCAUCGUCUUCCAUAACCGGUCCUCCCAGACCCAUCCGUCUAAUUUAUUGCGACGAAAAGGGUAAGUUUAAAAUUGAUCCUGAAGCUGUUGCCAUCCUUCAACUCGUCAAGGAGCCCAUUGGCGUCAUAUCUGUUUGCGGUCUUGCUCGCCAAGGCAAGAGCUUCAUUUUGAAUCAGCUUCUUGGAAGGAGCAGUGGUUUUCAAGUGGCAUCAACUCAUAGACCAUGUACUAAGGGACUUUGGUUGUGGAGUGCUCCCAUAAAGAGAACUGCUCUUGAUGGAACUGAAUAUAAACUUCUUUUAUUGGAUAGUGAAGGAAUCGCUGCUUAUGAUCAAACGGGAACUUACAGUACACAAAUAUUCUCCUUAGCCGUUCUCUUGUCAAGCAUGUUCGUCUAUAACCAGAUGAGCGGUAUCGAUGAAGCAGCACUUGAUCGCCUUUCGCUUGUAACUGAGAUGACUAAACAUAUCCGUGUAAGAGCAUCUGGAGGACAAAGUACAGUUUCUGAGCUGGGGCAGUUCUCUCCUAUUUUCGUCUGGCUUCUGCGGGACUUCUAUUUGGACUUGGUGGAGGAUAACAGGAAGAUUACACCACGUGACUACUUGGAACUUGCCCUGAGUCCAUUACAAGGCACUGGAAGAGAUAUAGGUUCCAAGAAUGAGAUUCGUGCAUCUAUUCGAGCCCUUUUCCCCGACAGAGAGUGCUUUACACUUGUGCGGCCGCUAAGCAAUGAGAAUGAAUUACAGAGACUUGACCAAAUUCCAUUGGAAAAGUUAAGGCCAGAAUUUAGAUCUGGUCUAGAUGCAUUGACGAAGUAUGUUUUCGAAAGGACAAGACCAAAACAAGUAGGUGGCACCAUAAUGACGGGGCCUAUUUUUGCCCGAAUAACAGAGUCAUUUCUAGAUGCUUUAAAUAAAGGUGCUGUGCCCACAAUAACUUCCUCGUGGCAGAGUGUUGAAGAAGCAGAGUGUCAAAGAGCGUAUGAUUUGGCUACGGAAGCUUAUAUGAAGUCCUUUGACCGGUCUAAGUCUCCUGAAGAAGCUGUGCUGAGGGAAGCACAUGAAGAAGCAGUUCAAAAAUCGACGGCCAUUUUUAAUGAUAGUGCUGUUGGGAGUGGUUCAGUGAGGCAUAAUUUUGAAAAGCGUCUCCAGAAGUUUGUAAAGAAGGCAUUUGAGGACUUUAAGAAAGAUAUUUUUAGGGAGGCAUACUUGCAAUGCUCCAAAGAAAUUCAGAACAUGGAAAAGACAUUACGGUCAGCUUCUCGUGUUCCUGAUGCAAAAUUUGGUCUUGUCAUUAAGGUUCUUGAUGGCCUUGUAUCUAAGUAUGAAGCUUCAUGUAAUGGUCCUGAAAAAUGGGGGAAGUUGGCAACAUUCUUGAAACAGAGUUUGGAAGGCCCACUCCUUGACCUCGUCAAUAAGCAAAUAGAUCAGGUUGUGUCGGAAAAGAAUUCUCUAGCACUGAAAUACCGCUCAAUUGAAGAUAAAAUGGUCUUGCUAAAUAAACAGCUAGAAGCUAGUGAGACUUAUAAAUCCGAAUACUCGAAGCAUUAUGAGGAGGCUAUAAAUGACAAAAAGAAGCUGGCUGAAGAGUAUACUAGCCUAAUAACAAAUAUAGAGAGUAAAUCUAGUACACUGGAGGAGAGGUGUUCCAGCUUGUCAAAAUCUUUGGAAUCUACGAGACAGGAGUCAGCAGACUGGAAAAGGAAAUAUGAACAAGUUUUGUCUAAAAAGAAAGCCAUGGAUGACCAGGCAAAUUCUGAGAUAACUGUUCUGAAGUCACGGUGCAGCGCUGCCGAAGCAAGAUUGGCUGCUUCUCGAGAACAAGCUGAGUCUGCACAAGAGGAGGCUGGGGAGUGGAAAAGGAAGUAUGACAUCGCUUUCAAGGAAGCAAAAGCUGCUCUAGAAAAGGCAGCUGUUGUUCAGGAACGUGCGCAUAAGCAGACUCAAGAAAGGGAAGAUGAUUUAAGAGCAGAAUGGUCCGAAGCUUUGACCGAAAAGGAGGAAGAAAUAAAAGACAAGACAUCAAAACUAGAAUAUGCAGAGCAACGUUUGACAACUCUGAAUUUGGAGUUGAAGGCUGCAGAGUCAAAGAUAAGGAGUUACGAUGUUGAAAUCUCCAAUAUGAAGCUUGAAAUAAAGGAAUUGAAUGAAAGGUUACAAUCUGCAAACGCCACAACUCAAUCUUACGAAAGAGAAGCAAAGAUAUUAGAACAAGAAAAGAUCCAUCUAGAAGAGAAAUACAAGUCAGAGUUUGACAGGUUUGAAGAAGUCCAAGAGAGGUGCAGAAUUGCUGAAAGGGAAGCCAAAAGAACAACUGAGUUAGCCGACAUUGCAAGAGCAGAAGCCGCUCUUUCACAGAAAGAAAAGAGUGAGAUACAAAGAAUCGCUAUGGAAAGGUUAACACGAAUCGAAAGGGCGGAUAGGCAAGUGGAAAUUCUAGAGAGGAGAAACAAGGACCUGCAUCAGGAACUAGAGAGACUCCGCGUUGCCGAAAUGGAUGCCCAAUCGAAAGUCGUCAUGUUGGAAGGAAUGGUCGAUGAAAGGGAGAAGGAAAUAGAAACGCUGGUGAAAUCGAACAACGAACAGAGAACCGAUACUGUCCAAGUUCUUCAGACUUUAUUGGACGCAGAGCGGAAAUCGCAAGUAGAAGCUAACAAUAGGGCUGAGGCACUCUCGAUUCAGUUACAAGCCACUCAAGGAAAACUCGAUUUGCUACAGCAGAAAUUGACCGAAACUCGUUUGAAUGAAUCGGCACUUGAUAGCAAGCUGAGAACUGCUUCUCAUGGGAAAAGGUCGAGGGUUGAUGAUUUCGAUAUGGGGGUGGAAUCUGUUCAGGAUGAUGACAUGGACAUUAACAAUGGAGAAAGAGGAUCAGUUAGAGGAUAUAAAAGAUCUAGAAGUACUAAUAGCCCUUUGAAGACGACUAGCACACCUCAGCAGCAUCAACCAGAAGAUGGAGGAUCGAUUUUUAAGGGAGAUGAUGAUGAUAAUCAGAGCCAGCAGACUAGUUCAGAAGACUAUGCUAAAUUCACUGUUCUGAGACUCAAACAGGAGCUUACCAAGUAUAAUUUUGGGGCAGAGUUGCUUAAGUUGAAGAAUCCCACCAAGAAAGAAAUUGUCUCUCUUUAUGAAAGAUUCAUUCUUCCUCAGAAAUAACUUGGUAAGUAACCCCUUUAGUCUCUAGUGAGUCAGUGUGUGUGUGUGUUGUGUUCCAUAUUGCAAUGAUGGUUUGAAAUCAGUUUUCUUCUAUUUAGAUUGUUGGUUAAGUGUUGUGGAUAUUAAUAUGUUUUCUUGUUAAUUUCUUACUUAUACUGGUUUUGGCGGGAUAAGAACAUUUAGGGUAUGAAUUAGACUACCAGAUAUAUUAACAUUUGUGUUCUGCCAUUAUUAUAACAGGUAGAGAGGAUGUUGAGUUUCCAAUUUAAGCUUUGUAUUAAUAUUGUCAUUAUGAUUGUUGAUGGUGAUUAUGAUAUCAUUAUAUAUUAGUGGGUUUUUAUUGAU